AUGGCUGGUUCUGCCCGGAUCCCCAAUGACAAGAAAACAGGUGGGAAGGCAGCACCUCAUCAUUUCCUGUUCCAGCUGGCUGCAGCCCUAGAUAACCCCACCAUCAAGUCACUGGAGGUAAAGUGGCAUGAAGAUGGGAAAGGGAUUCUUCUCCAUGCCAAGUUGUUUGAGGAAGAGAUCCAGAGGCACCAAGAGCUGUUUACAGAACUCAAGCAUCUGAAAUCUGUUCCUGUGCUUCAGGCCUGGCUAGCAACCUAUGGCUUUAAAGCAAGAAUGGUGAAAACCGAUUCUGAAAUGCUUGUUUUCCAACAUGCCGAUUUCAAGAAGCUCCCUCCAAGGGUGGCAGAGACAGAGGGCCCCAAAACUGAAGGUUCUCUCGUGCCCAAACAGUCCAAGAAAUCCAAGAAAAGGAAAAGCACACUGGAUAUCACUGUGGUCCCAGCUACUAGCACAGCAGGCACAUUGCUUCCAGAGCCUACAGGAAAGUCACAGCGUCUGCGUCCCUUAUACCAAUAUAUCAACUAUGAUAACCCAGAGAUGAACAGCCCCUCAGACAAACAGUGUGACCUGCCUCCGCUGGAAGUGCAUUCUGCUCUAGAGAAUAAGACAGGCCCACUGGAACCAAGAAUAACUCCACUCAUUGUUGCAGAAGACAAAGGAAAAGAGCUGAGAAUUCCGACAAGUGCCACUUCGGGAGCUCCAGCAAAGGCUGAAGUAGACAAGUCUACUCAGGUGGACAUUGAUAAGAUGCUCAGCGUCUGUGCGGCUCACCUAGUCCCACCACUGUCGCCACAGCACAAGUAG